AUUGCAGUUGCGACUAUUCGUUUAUUUAACGUGAAAAAUAUUAUUUCAAAUUUCAUUUUUUGACAUCGAACGGUUAGAAAUUGAAUCCUAUUUCGACCAUCCGAUAUCAAUGAUAGUGCAUAUAAAAAUUUCAUAAAAUAGGUAAGUCACAAAUCACUUUUUCAAUAUUUCAUGCCACUUUAGCUGAAUAUCCAAGCAAUAGUCAAAACCAAAGAAAGCUGUUAGCAACACUAAAGGUGCCGGUUUCGAAACAUAAAAGUAGCACUCAGCUUAAUAGGAUUUCGGUCGAAAAAUAAUUGUAUCAAUUCGACGCCCUCGACUAGUUUUCAGAAAACUGAUUUUUACUGAAGAGGCGAUUGGUAGGUGCAAAAUAGAGCAAAAUAGUAAGUAGCACCGCUGGGAAAACUGAUAGAAUAGCAUUAAUUCAAAGACCACCAUAUUUAUGACCAGUUUUAGAUAUAAAAAAAGCUAGCAUCGAUGGAGUUACGUAGUAUUACAUUUCUACUUACUCAAAAUCGUAUCAUUUACAUAUAAAAAGCACGUUUGCAUGCCACAUUAUAAGAGAAAGAAUGGAAUUGCAAAUAUAACUUAAAGAGUUAUAGAUCAUAGUAAGGAAAAUAAUCAGAAAGCACAGAUAUGACGAUAUUAUCGUAAUAUUCUCAUUUGGUAACGCAAAUCGUGUACUCUAGACAGUAGCUCCGGUGACAAUUACUCUCUGAUCACUUUUGCUCUCGGAUCUUUCAUCUUCAGAUUGAGCACUCUACGAUAAAUUCCUCUUUCUAGGAAAUUAAAAUCACAAGUUUUCUAAAUGACUAUUAUCAAUUUCUUUGGAUUGGGUUGAUUGGAGAAAAUCAUUUGAAGGAUGUGAGUGAUGGUGGAAACGAGAGAGUGGGGUGUGAUGGCGAGAGUAAGAGAGUGAGGGUGAAGUUCACUCUUACACCCUCACUCUCAAUCUAUGACGAUGAAAAAUCUAAAAAAAUUAAUUUGAUUAUCAUGACAACAUUAUGUCUAUAGUAAUCUGAAUGUUUGUUUGUUUUCUAUACUGAUUUUGCGUUAAUCAUUCAAGAGUGAAAACCAAAAUACAAAUGUACAGAUUGAUAGAAAAUCUCGUAUGCUUUCCGAAUAUGAUACUAUUCUUUCAAAAAAAAAAUACUGUUUUAGUAACGAUAUAUGAAUAGUACAGUGGGUAGCUUUUGUUUUCGAUGAGUAUAUGUGUCACAUGAUGCAAGUCGCUGACAUUUCGUAUUUCUCUAGGACAAGUAAACUUGGUGAAAUAUGCUCUUUGAUCAGGUGGCGCUUAUAGGGCUACUGGCCUUCUGUAUAUGUACUUUGUGCUUCCUCUGCUGCUAUUGCCAUUGCCGUAGAAAAUCAGGUUUCAAAGGUAUGAUCUUAAAUUCUGAAAGGAAAAUAGAAUUGCAUAUUCAACCGAAUGUAGUUCCAAAACUUAGAUAGACCUUAAAAAGUGUAUGUUAGAAUUAUUUGCAUGUUCAUGGAAGUAUCAACAAUAGUAUUGCUCUGUUUAUAGGGGUAUCAACAACAAUACCCCCUUUUGAGGAAUUAACAGUACAAAGAGCUACGAAUGUGUCAACAGCAAAGCCGUCCUUCUGGAAAACAGCGGCUAAACCGCCAUUAGAAGUAUCAACGUCAAAACCAACUUUAGAGGUACAAACAGCAAAACUGCUCUUAGAGACGUCAACGACAGAGUUGACUAAAGACGUAUUAACGCAAACACCGGGAACAGCUGAAUUAUUUUCAACUCCUGAAGGGUCAGUGACACCUGAUUGGCAGCAUGUUAAAACGCAUACUGAUGGGCCGUACGAAAUAUCAGUGUCUGGUGAAAUAACAACUAUAGCUGAAAGAUCCUCUGCCUGGCGCCCCUACACACGUGACAAUGAACUGCCUUUAGAAUUUACUCGUGCUGUCAAAGAUUGUCAUCCACCUGAUAGAGCCCAGCGGUUCCCCAAAAGUCACAACCGAAAACCAAAUUUUCUGAACUCUACUACCGGGCACCGAACCGGAACGGUUAAAAAGAAUCGUUUCGAAUCGGAAUCGCAACCGUUCAGUUUUUACUGA